AUGUUUUUGCUGAUUGCUAUUGUUUCAAUUACUAUAUUACAACUUAAAAAUGUCGCAGCAACCGAUGAACUGCCCGACAUUGGUUGGCCAUCGCCUCAUGCGACAAGUCGGGGCGAGGUUUGGCCAUUGCCACAAAAGGCCGAAUAUGGCAAAGAGAAUCGGACCAUUCGAAGAGGCUCGAUUAUGAUUGCGUGGCAAGGAAUUAGGGAUGUGGAUUGCGAUAUUUUGGAGUUCGCGAAACGGACCUACCGUAAGAUUUUUGAUGAGAUAAGGGUCAAGCAUUGCGAAACUUCAAUUGUUUAGAGAAAGAAUGGUUUUUCCCGAAUCGAAAUCCCGCCGCGAGUCCCGGAGGCCUCAAACUGAUCAUUCGAAGUGAUGCGAAAUGCCCAGAAAAGGACGAAUAUCCACAGCAGGGAAUGAAUGAGGAGUGUAAGACGACGAAUAAAAACGAAACCCCGAUCUUUUAGACUAUCUACGAGUUCCCGUUGCUGGUGACGCGGUGCUGGAAGCGGAUGAAGUUUGGGGAAUUCUGAGAGGACUCGAAAGCUUUAGCCAGCUCAUCUUCCAGACAAGAGGAGCGGUAAUAGGUUUGGCCACAAGGCUCAAAAUUUGAUUUUUUGAAGCAUUGCGUAAUCUGCAUUUUCGGGUGACUUACAGGGGGGACCUGAUCCAGUGGCAAAAAACGUACCAUUUUGCAUCCGGGAAGUAUCAAAAAUGUGGCAAAAUGCUUCCCUCUGCAAGUGAUAAAACUCCGAUUUCAAAAGCACUUUUUGUGAGAAAAAGGGCGCGCCCUUCAAAACGAAGUUUUUUCACUUGGAGAGGGAAGCAUUUUGCCACAUUUUUGAUCCUUCCCGGAAUGCAAAAUGGUACAUUUUUUGCCACUGGAUCAGGUCCGCCACUGUAUCUUCGAGCUUUUUUUUAAAUUUUGACUACCUUAAAAGGUGUUUCAAUACACUCAUUCAGCAUUUCGUUCGAACCGCCGUGAUUCAUGACUGGCCCGAAUACACAGUUCGUGGGGUUCUCAUCGACACCGCUCGGCAUUACAUCCCAAAGAAGAUUUUGAUGAGACAACUGGUAAGAAGUCAACGAUCUCAAAUAUUUCUUUAGGACAUUAUGGCGCAGAACAAGUUCAACCUUCUGCAUUGGCAUAUUGUGGAUUCCCAAUCAUUUCCGUAUGUCUCAAAGAAGUAUCCGCAUUUGUCAGAGAGGGUAAGUCAAACAACAAGGCUUUUUGCACAAGCAACUGAGUCGGUAAUUGGAGAAAAUGACAAAAUCAGUCUGUCGGGAAAAUAAUAUGGAUUCGCCGCAACAAAACGUCCUUCCUAGUCGUGUAAAUCGCCAGCCGUCGCAAAGCGAUGACGGGUUUUCAAGGCUCGGCGAAUCGACAUUAUUUUCCCGACAGACUGAUAAGCAAACAACGGUUCAGGAAGGAGAGAAUUGAGGAUCAAAAAAUUCAUAGCUUUGUCUUUUUGGUGCAGAAUAAGAGCAUUAUAGCCCUCCAUGUUAUGUGAUUUUCAGUUAUCCAUGCCUUCAGUUAACCCAGCCUUGACGAGCCGGGCAGAAACGUGGAUAAAAUGAUAAAACGUGGGGCUUAGAGGGUAGAGGGUCGACAUUGCUACAGUGAUGGACUGAUCCAGUGGCAAAGAACGUACCAUUUUACAUCCGGCAAAAAUGUGGCAAAAUGCUUCCCUCUCCAAGUGAAAAAAUCUUGAAGGGCGCACACUUUCCCUCACAAAAAGAGCCCGCGGGCGCGCUUUUGAAGUUUGAGUUUUUUUCACUUUCAGAGGGAGGUAUUUUGCCACAUUUUUUGAUGCUUCCUGGAUGCAAAAUGGUACGUUUUUUGCCACUGGAUCAGGUCCCCCACUGUAUUGGGAAUUGCGCCGACAUCUCCCUCAAUGCCUGCCGGAAGACAAAUCCACUUUCCCUCGUUUUCAGAGUGCCUACACACCUUCGCACGUCUACAACAAGAACACAGUCCAAGAGAUCAUCGAUCACGCCAAAAUGCGCGGAAUCCGCGUGAUGGUCGAGUUCGACACCCCCGGCCAUAUGGCCUCGUGGAAGGGGGAAUUGGGCCUGUUGGCGGAAUGUCACGACGAAAGCGGGCACAGCGUCCUCUCCAACAUCAUUGAUCCGACGCUGGAGCGGAACUACGCCUUUCUGCGCAACUUUUACGACGAAAUUUUGAGCGUUUUCCCCGAAAAAUUCAUUCACCUGGGCGGGGAUGAGGUCGGAUUCUGGAAGACGUGUUGGCUAACGAACCCAAAAAUACGCGAUUUCAUGAUGCACAAGGGCUUUGAUGAGAACACAACAAUGCUGGAGAACUAUUACUACGAUCGGUAAUCGAAAGAAACCCAAAAAAAUACCUUGUUUUAGCCUACAAGACCUAAUCUCGGAUAUUAUUGGAGUGGAUAAGGAGGCAAGGAUGGUGUUUUGGGAAGAGGUGUUCCAGUAUAACAACCCGGUAAGCAUUUUUUCGCCUUGUUUUUUUUUGAUUCUGCAUUUUUGCACAAAAGAUUUUCAGUACCCAAAAUCCGUGGUCCAUGUAUGGUACUCCGCGUCGGAAAAGGCUCGAAACGACGCGUUGCAGCGAUAUACCGCCGCAGGGCAUGAAGUCAUACUGUCUUCCUGUUGGUAUUUAAAUUAUGUAAACUAUGGAGCCGAUUGGAAGGAUGAGGGCAGCAAAUCCGGCCAAUUCUAUUACUGUAAUCCCCGAGGUUUCAACGGAAGCGAAGAGCAGAAAAAGCUGGUUUUGGGAGGAAUUGCGGCGUUGUGGGGAGAAUUUGUCGACGGAACAAAUAUUGAAUCCGUUUUGUGGUAAGGAAAGGAUAUAUUAAGGCUAAGCGAGAAUAAGCCUAGGCGAGGCUAAGCCUAAGCGAGAUUAAGCCUAGGCAAGCCUAAACUAAGUUCUCAGUUCGCGCGAAGAUCACAACCCAGCGCGUUAUGAUCCGAGUCUCAACCCUUCUGCUCAAGAAGCCCUUCCCAAUAGCCUAGAUGUCCGAGCUUGGUUGACUGCGACAAGUCAACCCCGUUUUUGAAGGGUGGCUGAACCUUGCUAGCAAACAAGACGAAACUAAUUUUUUGAUUCCCAAAUAAUCCGUUUCCCAAAUCAUCCCUUAUCGGCGGUUGGAAUUCUUGAUAUAAUUUUAGGCCCCGCGCUUCGGCAGUGGCCGAGCGACUUUGGAGUAACCCGAAACAGACUACUGACGCGGAUCAGGCGUGGCCUCGGCUUCACGAGCACCGUUGUCGAUUGGUUUCCCGAGGAUAUCGUGCAUCACCUAUCAAUGGGCCGGAUUACUGUAUCACGGAGUACGAUGAACCUUCAACAUAA